UUAUUUUACGAUUGCAAUUAAAUACUGUUUAUGAUUUAAAAUAUUUUUCAAAACAUUAAAUUUAAUAAAGUCAAGAAUAAUAUGGUAAUAUUACCUCUAAAAUAGUAUAUCAAAGUGAAUAGUGAACAACAGAGGGAGUAUAACAAUGCUUUUGAUUAUUAUAGUUGGAUCACAUACACAUUAUGGAUCCAAGAAUGUACAAUGCUGCAAUGGAAGGGGAACUGGUAUAUGACAAUUUUUCAGUUGUUGAUCAUCUGAGAAGGGAGGAAGAAAAUGGUUACCAAGUCACUCCCAACGGAUCUUGAUGAGAUUAUUACUAAAUCCUGAACACGACUUUCCAGCCAAUAAGGCUGGGGAGACACCACUUUAUUUGGCAGCGGAGUCUGGUUUUUAUGCUGCUUUGAUUGAAAUCUUGAACGUUUGCGAGGAAUCAACACAUGUUGCAGGUCCAUUGAAUCGAACACCUCUACAUGCAGCCGUAAUUCAAAAACACACAGAAUGCGUGGUGGUACUAUUGCUAUGGAAGGAACAUUUAUGCGAAGAAUAUGAUGUAUGGGGUUGGAAUUCACUACACUAUGCUGUUAAACAAGGAUUGACAAAAAUAGUUUCGUAUAUGUUGAGACGGAAUAAAUCCUUAGCCUACGAUCGGGCAGGCAGCGAAAAUGAGUGGACGACCGCGUUUAACAUUGCAGCCAGUGAAGGUCAUAAAGCGAUAAUACAUGAGUUAUUACGACACUGCCCAGAUUGCUGGGACAUGGUUGAUAGCAAUGGCCAAAAUGCUCUUCAUGUUGCCAUAUUGAACGAUCAUGAAAUUUUAGUCAAUGAGUUAUUUGAGUUGAGAUUUUGUUGUGAUAGACUUGUUGAUGAGGCAGAUAAUGAUGGGAAUACUCCACUCCAUUGGCUUGCUGCCUCUGGGAACCGUGUGCCUCAAAUGAUAUUAGACCAUCCUAGCGUUAAGAAGAUGACAUUUAACAAACAAAACCAGACUCCACUUGACAUAGCAUCCUCUCGCACUCUCACAACAGAGAAGGAGAAAUUGGUAGCCGUUUUGCGCGAAUCUAAUGCACGAUUGGGACAACGUCGUACCUUUGAGGUACAUCAAAGCAAAAAUAGCAGAAUGAUAGAUAAGAUGAAGAAGCAUGUUGAUAAAGACAGAGCUAAGAUAGAGACACUACAAAUGGAAAAAAUUCUGAAAUCAACUGAAAUACAAGUAGUUGUUGCUACUCUAAUAAUGACAGUGGCGUUCGCAGCUGGUUUCACAUUACCAGGAGGUUUAGAGAACGAUAACGGUCCUAAUAAAGGGAUGUCGAUUCUAUCAAAGAAAACAGCAUUCCGUGUAUUUGUUAUUUCGGAUGUCCUGGCAUUUACAUGCGCUGCUGCUGCUAUAUACACCUACUCUUUCAUGGCAGAUUGCGAUGUAGUGGCUGGUGAAAUCAACAUGCCCUUGCUUAAUGUUUUACGGAUGAAUUAUGAUACAGCAAAUAAUCUGCAACGUAUUGCAAUGACUGCAGUUGUAGUUGCAUUUGUAACUGGUAUGUAUGCUACUUUAGAAAAUUCACUUGCACUUGCUGUUAGUGUUUGUGUCAUUGGUUGUUUUUCUUUUUACUUCUUCGGUUUAAUUAAUAGCAGUUGGGAUAUUAAAAUUAAUUCUCCUCUUCAGACAAUUCAUGAGUUAUUUAGAUCAUAGGAUAUAUUCGAUGUAUGUAGCAGUAGUGUAUGUUUGUAAUGUUACGUAUUGGAGAAAAUAAUGCAUGCAUUAUUAUUAGUAUCUUGUUUGA